UAUAUUUGGAAGAGCAUCAUUUGGGGAAGAGAACUUCUUAUAAAACGGUUACGUAAAAGGGUUGGAACUGGUGACACCAUUCUUGUGUUUCAAGAUCCUUGGCUGCCCCGACCUUUUUCAUUUAAGCCUACCUCUUUCAAUCAUUCACAUUCUAAUUUGUUGGUCAAAGAUCUUAUGGCAGAGACAAGGAUAGGGUGGAAUGUGGAUUUAUUACGAGUUCUGUUUAAUGAAGCUGAUCAACAAUGUAUUGGUUCCAUACCUCUUUGCAAAUUUCCUAAAGAAGACUCUUGGAUGUGGCACUACACGGUAGAUGGUUCUUAUUAUGUUAAAAGUGGAUAUUAAGUGGCUUCUCAGUUAAAUUUGACUGCUACCUCUCCUUCUAAGGAUGAAUUUUCAAUUUGGUGGAAAAAAUUUUGGAAGCUCCAUUUACCAAACAAAGUAUUAAAUUGCAAUUGGCGAGGUUUUCAUGAGAUUCUUCCGACUUCAAAAGGGCUCCAAAAACGAUCUAUCCUUCCUCACUCCAAUUGUCUCAUUUGUGGCUUUAGCAAUGAGUCUAAUGGGCAUGCUGUCUUUUGGUGUCGGGGUUUUAGAAAGGUUUGGAAGCUACUUAAUUUUAGUUUCCUAAGAAAUUUCUCUUUGGAAACUUCCUUACAACAAACUAUUCUUUUGGCGUCUGAAGUGUUAUCUCAGGGUGAAUUUAAAUUAUUUUUAGUUGCCGCUUGGUAUGUUUGGAGUGAGCGUACACAGAUUGUUCAUGGUCGGGAGCAAUUUUCACCUACAGUUGUUGUCUCACGAAUUCAUAAACUUCAUGCUGAAUUUAGUGCAAGUCAGAAAAAUAUUAACAGUCAACGAGAGAAUACGUGUACUUCUACCUCGAGUUGGGUUACUCCUCCUAUGGGACAAUUUAAACUCAAUGUUGAUGCAUCAAUUGAUAAGCAUACUAAUUCUAUCGGUAUUGGUGCUAUUAUACGCAAUACCACAGGUGGAGUGGUUGCUUGUCUUUUAAAGUCUUUAUUCGGGACUUUUGCAGCCAUGGAAGCAGAAGCUGUAGCUUUAAUGGUGGCUUUGGAUUGGACUCUUACUAUUGGGUUACCUAUUAGUUCGUUUGAAACUGAUUGCUUAGCUUUGAUUUCAGCUUUUUCUAGAAGAGCUUCCUUCUGUAAUGAAUUUGGCUCUAUUUUAGAUGAUAUUGCUAGUUUACUAUCCAAUUUUCCUGAGGCAUCUCUAAUUCAUGUUCGUCGUUCGGCCAAUAUGGCUGCACAUGAGUUAGCAGUUCGUGCACUCAGGGUGGAUGGCGAAUUAGUUUGGAUGGAUGAUUUUCCUCCAUUUCUCUAUGAUGUACUAAACUCUGAUUAUAUUCAAUGAAAGUUCAUUAUC